AUUUAUCGAAAUAUUAUAUUAUUUCUUCGCUAUCUUGACGGAGCAAAGAUAGCAAUAUUGUUUUAAAAUAUUAUUAUUAUUUUCUCUGAUAUAAUUUGAGUGUUAAUUUAGGUUCGAUCUAGAGUAGUGUAAAAGUUCAUUUAUAAGAAUAAUGGGAUUCGGAAAAGGAAAUACUAAAAAACAAUAUUUUACCAACUUUAUGUCUGAGCUAAUUGGCACGGCCCUGCUCAUGUUCCUAGGAUGUAUGGGAUGUGCCCCACAGGCAGAUGACCCCCCUGCUGUGCAUCACAUGUCAUCCCUAUCUUUUGGUUUAGUUGUUUUACUUAUAAUACAGGCGUUCGGUCACAUUUCGGGUGCUCACUUAAAUCCAGCUGUGACAAUCGCCACUGUGAUAUUUAAAAUGCUGUCCCCAGCUAUGGGAGUCAUAUACGUCGCUGGACAGUUUCUUGGUGCUACCUUCGGGUUUGCCCUUCUUAAAAUAUUAAUGCCCCGAGCAUGGUUGGUCGAUGGCUUCUGUGCCACAAAGCCUCACGAAAAAUCAACUCCAAUGCAAGCUUUAGCAAUAGAAACAAUUAUUACUUGUGUUCUUAUUUUGGUAUGCUGUGGUGUAUGGGAUAAGAGAAAUGAACAGAAACAAGACUCUACUCCUGCUAGAUUUGGGUUCAUUGUAGCUGCCAUAUCAAUGGUUGCUGGGCCAAUUACUGGUGCUAGUAUGAACACAGCGAGGUCAUUUGCUCCAGCUGUUUUGGCCAGUGAUUAUCAAGACCAAUGGAUUUACUGGAUUGGACCUAAUCUCGGAGCAAUACUUGGCUGUGGAUUAUACUCAUUCUUAUUUGCCUAUGAAGAAGAAAAUCCGGAAGCCGAACAAACCGAAUUAGAAGAGAUUAAUCAGAAAUCAUAAAUAUUGAAUUUUAUGAGAGAUCAAAUAGAGGCAUUGUCGCCAUAAAGUUGCAGCCUACGGUAGCUUUUUGCAUGUAUUUAUUGAUAAAAAAGAAAAUAAUGUAAAUUAUUGUUAUUUUUAAAAUUAUUUAUUAUUGAAGUUGUUUGUGGCUUGCUAUAAAAAGAAAAAAACUCUAUUUUUAUAGUGACUUUUUGAUUAUUACCAAUUUAAAUAUAUUUUAAAGCCUUUUA